AUGGGUGAAUUUGUUCCAGUAUAUGUAGCCCUCGGGAUGAUAUUCUUAUCGACUACGCUGGGUCUGCACACUGCAAAGCAGCAGCUCAUGUACUCGCCAUCAGUGCGGGUGAAGAAGAAACUAAGGGAGACGAUUCCUGAGGUGGUGUACUCUGAUAAAGUGGUGGAUGAAGCCAAUAAAUUCAUUGAGAAAUCGUUUUUCAGGAAGGCUGCCCGUGUUCAAGAGUUUGAAAGUGGACUUCAGUACAUACCUGAUCCCAUUCGCAAAGAUAUUUAUGCUCACUCUCCCCGGGCUGAGACUCUCAAAUCUAUUGGGAUAGAUCCCAGCACCCAGCCCUGA